AUGCUUUUUGGGAAACUGGGCCCUGAGGGAGAGUUCCUCAGAGGGGCGGAGAGAAUUAGUUACUUAACUCACCUGUGCAGGUGGAAACCCUGGCAUUGUGUCUUAGUUACCACAGCAGAGGAGCAACAUGUCGGGAGUGGCUUGACUUUGGCAAAGAAGCGGGCCAGGGCCGCGGGCUUUGGGACCAACUCCAACGCCAACAAGUAUCUGAACCAGGACUACGAGGCGCUGAGGAGCCAGUGUCUGAGCAGCGGCCAGCUCUUCUGUGACCCCACUUUCCCCGCCGCCCCAGAGUCCCUGGGCUUUAAGGAGCUCGGACCAAACUCGUCCAAGACGAGGGGACUGCAAUGGAAAAGACCCGGAGAGCUGUGCUCAAAACCCCAGUUCAUCAGUGGUGGGGCCACCAGGACCGACAUCUGCCAAGGAGCUCUGGGGGACUGCUGGCUCCUAGCAGCCAUUGCUUCUCUCACUAUGAACUCUGACGUGCUGGCCAGGGUGGUCCCCAGCAACCAGGAUUUUGGGUCUGGCUACGCCGGCAUCUUUCACUUUCAGUUCUGGCAGUUUGGUGAGUGGGUGGACGUCGUCAUCGAUGACCGGCUGCCGGUGAAGGAUGGGAAGCUGCUGUUUGUCCACUCUGAAGAGGGGAACGAGUUCUGGAGCGCCCUGCUGGAGAAGGCCUACGCCAAGGUUAACGGCUGCUAUGAGGCUCUGUCUGGAGGCUCCACCACCGAGGGCUUCGAGGACUUCACCGGCGGCAUCGCUGAGUCCUACGAGCUGAGGAAAGCUCCGGCCAACAUCUUCCAGAUCAUUAAAAAAGCCUUGGAGUGCGGAUCUCUGCUGGGCUGCUCUAUAGACAUCACGAGUGCUGCUGAUUCAGAGGCGAUCACCCGUCAGAAGCUGGUCAAGGGACACGCCUACUCUCUCACAGGAGCUGUCGAGGUGAACUACCGCGGCGGGCUGGAAAAGCUGGUGCGAAUGCGGAACCCCUGGGGUCAGGUGGAGUGGACUGGAGCCUGGAGCGACAGCUCGUCUGAAUGGAACUCGGUGGAUCCCUCAGAACGUCCGAGUGCCAACGCAGAGGAUGGAGAAUUUUGGAUGGCGUUCUCAGAGUUCAUGCAGCAGUACUCUCGUAUAGAAAUCUGCACGCUGACCCCAGAUGCGAUCACCGGUGAUUCCGUCAAGCCCUGGAGUGUGUGCAACUACAGCAGCACCUGGAGGAGGGGGUCCACCGCAGGAGGCUGCAGGAACAACCCCAAUACAUUCUGGAUGAACCCUCAGUUUGUGAUCAAGCUGAACGAAGAGGAUGACGACCCAUACGACAACGAAACAGGCUGCAGCAUAGUGCUGGGCUUGAUCCAGAAGAACCGACGACGGCUGAGGAAGGACGGGGAGGACAUGCACACCAUCGGCUACGCCAUCUAUGAGGUGCCUCCACAGUUCCGAGGCCAGAGGAAUGUGCAUCUGGAUAAGAACUUCUUCCUGACGCACGCUCAGAAGGCUCGUUCUGAAACCUUCAUCAACCUGAGAGAGGUCAGCACCAGGUUCAAGCUGCCUCCGGGAGAAUACCUCGUCGUCCCCUCCACCUUCGAGCCUAACAAAGAUGGAGACUUCUGCCUGCGUGUCUUCUCCGAGAAGCAGACCGAAACACAGCGCUGUGAUGAUCCUGUUGAUGCUAAAUUAGAAAAUGAAACUGUGUCAGAGAGUGAAGUAGACGCAAAUUUCGUGAGUCUGUUCAAAAAGCUUGCAGGAAGUGAUAUGAAGAUCUCUGCUGUGGAGCUCAAAUCGAUCUUCGACAAAAUUAUUGCAAAACGAACUGACAUUAAGACAGACGGCUUCAGCCUGAAUACAUGUCGGAUCCUGGUCAACCUCAUGGACGACAGCAGUGAUGGGAAGCUGGGCCUGGGCGAGUUCGCUACACUGUGGAAGAAAGUGCAGAAAUACAUGAACAUCUACAAGAAGAACGACCUGGAUAAUUCUGGGAAUAUCAGCACUACCGAGCUGCGUCUGACACUGAAGGAAGCAGGAUUCUCCCUGAAUGAUGCCAUCUUCCAGCUGCUCGUGGCCCGCUAUGCUGAUUCAAACCUCACCAUUGACUUUGAUGACUUCGUGGCCUGCCUCAUGCGUCUGGAGAUGAUGUUCCGAAUGUUUAAGACGCUUGACCCACACAACACCAACUUCAUAGAGAUGGACUUGAAUCAGUGGCUGUGCUUAACCAUGGUCUAAAUGACAUCCUCCUGAAGACAGUGGACAAGUUUAGACACGAUUCUUAAAACUUCUCAAUUGCUUAAACACACGUAUCGCAUUCAGAUUUUCAUAACGAGCCCCAAAGUGCUGUGAUUUUGCAUAUGUGCUAUAAUAUGUACUAUGAUAUUCCAUUAUUUAUUCUACGCUGAGUGCCUACAGUAGUUUCAAGUUAGACCCCGAGGAUAAGUGCACAUAUUUUGAAUGACUAAUAUUGUGUACGAGUUAAGAAUAUAUUAGCUACAAUGAAUGCGUUUACAUGGACUCAGUAGUCCGAUCGUAAUCAGAUUCUGCAGUUUUCUGAUUAUUCAAAUGGUCAAGUAAACAGCACACUCUGAUGUCAUAGUACGGUCUAAAAAUCUGAUAAAGAGAGCUGAGAGUUUAAAGAGAGUUUAGCUCAGUAAUCAGAUUUCU